AUUUUUUUUUUUUUUUUUUAAGGGUUCCUUUUAGGUAUUAAGGGCCCUCCUCCCGGCCCCCUCUCAUAGCCCCUCAGGGGAGUGCAGGCAGCUGGUGAAGGCCCGGCCGCGCCUCCCCUCAGCGGGGCCGCAACUCCGACGGGGUCUGGCUCCAGGCUGGGCUGCGGGUAGGGUUCUGUCAUCACCCCCACGGGCCUCUCUCGAUUAGUGUGAAACAGUAGAUGCGGGGACUAGCCCCAUGGGAGGCAUUUUUUUUUUUUUUUGCUGCUGCCCCAGCUUGGGCGGGGGAGGUAGAAACAAGUAACAAAUGGACACGUCCCCUUUAAACACCUCCUUCCUCCCACGUAGUGCAGGGCAAGGGCGGGGAUUCUGCGAUGCGUCACUUCUGUUUUUUUCGUGGUGUAGAGGAGUUGUGUGCCUAGUAGGAUAAUGCCUAAGUCAAAGGAACUUGUGUCUUCAAGCUCAUCUGCCAGUGAUUCAGAUAGUGAAGUUGACAAAAAGGUAAAGCGGAAAAAGCAAGCAGCUCCAGAAAAGCCUGUAAAGAAACAAAAGACUGGUGAAAGUUCAAAAGGUGCAGCUUCUUCUAAGCAAAGCAGUAACAGAGAUGAGAACAUGUUUCAGAUUGGCAAAAUGAGAUAUGUCAGUGUUCGUGACUUUAAAGGGAAAGUCUUAAUUGAUAUUAGAGAAUACUGGAUGGAUCAAGAAGGUGAAAUGAAGCCUGGCAGAAAAGGUAUUUCUUUAAAUCCAGAACAGUGGAACCAGCUGAAGGAACAGAUUUCUGAUAUUGAUGAUGCAGUAAGAAAACUACAUGCAUGGAAGUCCUGUUCUGCUAAGUGCCAUACACAGACUGUUCCUGUGCUGCAGAGUUCAAUACAAAUGGGUAUUGAAGGGUGAGGAAGGGCAACUUCAUCAAAUUAGUUAUAUAUUUAAUUUAAUUUAAAUAUUAUGUCAGAUACCUCUACCUGCUUUUUAACUUAUCCAUUGUUGACAUAUUUCAAAUAAAGUUAAGAUCUGGGGUUUUUUAUAGCUCAGGAAAACUGAGUUUUUAAGAACUGCUUGAGGGUGAAUAAAAGGAUGAAGAGAUGUUUUGUGGUAGCAGCUGCAUUUUUGGGCACAACAUUCUUUUUUGAGUGAUUCUUAAUGGCAUGUAGGGAUAUUUGGACCAAAUAGAAUAAAUAUGAAAUAUCUGCUAAAAUUUUCACAGAUAAGUGAAUGAGAUAAAUUGCUUCAGAUCACUAACAACAGAUUCUAGGUGUUUUUUGUUUUUUUUUUAUUUGUGGUAUGUAUAUAUGUUUUUUUUUCCUUUAAAUCUGAAAUUUUACAACCAGAUUUCAACCAUUUUACCUCAAAACUUUCAUGUGGCUACUUUAAAGUGCAUGAUUAUCAUAAUAGAGGGAACAUUGUCCUCACUUGGACUACUGUGGUAGUAGGUCAUUGGAUGACAGUUGUGUAUCAGAGUACAAUAUAAUUGUGGAAGGUGGAGAAUUAAAUUCAUUCAUUUUGGGGGAGUAAGUGAAAAAGUUUUAAGAUAGUGAUUAGUUCUCUUGUGGAAACUGAUGGUAGAGAUGUUCAAAGAAAUUAGUAUUUGUUAACCAAGAACUAUUAGUUCCUCUUAUAGAUAACACCCAUGCUGAAUUUGUGAUGAUAAUUACUGGAGCCGUUUAUCCCAUUUUACUUGAGAAAACUUGGGGCAGUUUGAUUUUACUUAGUUUGUGUGUGUUAAAAAUAGUUUUCCAUCUGCCAGUUAUAUUUCUGCCUGUAAUAAUGAUAAAAUAUCAUAUAUUUUACCUGAGCCAGUCUUAAUGUCUGCAUGACUGUCCUACAGAAAAAGUAACUAAUAAACUAGUCAGUUUCACAAAUGAACUCAAAAUGGGAUGUGUUUAAUUGUGAGGGAAUUAAUUGCAUCUCAGAUGGCUGAUGUGCUGGUUACUUGAUAAAAAUUUGACACAUUCAAUGUUAUUUUGAAAUAAAUAGUUGGUAGUGAUAGUGAUUUGUCAUGUAAUUGUCCAUGGCUGUAGUCUUUCUAAUUUGAGAAGAAAAUUCAGAUUUUUUUUGAAUAAAGAUUAUUUUCUUGCAGACAAAAUGGUAGUUAGGGUACAUGUAGAAGCGUCCAUGGAAGAAAAUUGUGCAUGUAUGAAAAGACUGUGUAAUAUGAGAUAAAAAACACUGCUUCCUUUCCCAUUGAAGUGGCAAAAGAAAGAUGCAUUUGAUUCUUGAUAUUUAUGCUGGGCAUAUUAGCAAUGUGUUUUAUAAAUUAAACCUACUAUGGAGCUUACGAGGAAAAAUACAUCAGAGUUAGAGCUGCCAAAGUACCAUAUGUGUGCUAAAUCAAACUCAUGUACAAUGUUGCUCUUAUGUAGAGAUGUUCAUAUUGAAGUUAAACAAAUGCAGUACUAAGUUUGAUAUUUCUGUUAAAGGAAAUGCCCCAGUUAUGUACUUAUGUGAUCUGUUAGCAAAAAAUUGAUGAUUGUAAUUCUGGUAACUCAAAUGUCAUAUUGUUAACCACGUGGAAUGUUUCAUGUUUUGUUCUGGUGGUAUCUACUGCAGAGAGGCCACUGGAAAUAUGUGCCCUCCAACUGUAAUUAUCUUAAUGUUCAAAUAAAAGGUAGUUAAAUGGCAUAUGUGUAAUAACAAUUUGAACACUUGGAAAUAAAUGAAGACUUCUGUUGACAUAGCAUUAUUUUUAAUAGAAAUUUAGCUGCACUAAAACUUUUUUUUCUUAAAUAGCCAUUUUCAUAACAACUUGUUUCUUGCAACUGUUGUAAUUUGGAAAUUUGGAAACUUAAUAAUUUUAUACUUGGUCCAUGUUUGUGGGUGGGUGGUUGCUUGUGUUAGCCCAGAGGGAUAGAAAUUUUUCAUUAUGAUAGAAGAACAAGUGUCACGUGAAUAUGGAAGCAGCAGAUAUAAACACACUUUCAAACACCAAACAGAAGGGAAGUGCCUGAUAAGUUGCUACUGUUAAGAAAAUGGCUGAUUAUCUUUUGAGUGGAGUUUCUUUUUGAUCUGACAAUAAAUGUAACCAUAGAUUAAGUAAAUAAAUGGGUAAGAAGCUUUUUUCUAUCAUUGGUCAUAAUUAGAUUAGUGUAGGCUUCUUUAGGAAGGAUAUUUGUUUUUCAAACAAAAAUUGCUUGCUGUGACUGAUCUGUAGGGAGUGGAUUAACUGAUUGUAGCCUUGAACCAAACAGAUUUUUCUUCCAAGUAAUUUUGAUUAGUUUAGCAAUUUAUAGCCGCAGAUUCAGAAAUUACCUUGGCUCAAAGGGAAGAAAUGCAGUUUGGGGUUGAUGGAGGGUCAUCGUGUCCUACCUAUUUCCCAUUUACUGCCACUUAUUGGUAGGAUUCAUCUUUGUAUCUCUGGUGACUACAUAUGGAAGAGCAAUCUGAUAGGCAAUGUUUUUCCUGUUGUGAAUCAAGCUUAUUGUCUCCUGCUCUCAACUUAAUAUUGUUAUGUAAAAAUGUGAAGAUACCUGCUGAAGAACUGAAAUGUUCCUUGGCUCGGUGAUGGUUUAUCAGGGAAGCUUAAAUUGUGCUGUCUUGUGAGCAGAGGGACAUGCCAUUAGUCAUGGAGAUAACUUAGACUGAGAACUUGGUGACACAGCUGUUCCCUUGGUAUGGCACUUCAUUGAACAAAAAUGUUAUAAUUUUUUGUAAGAUCUGCUUAAUUCUGUUUUCAAUGUACUUUUUGCUUUGAGUGAAUCCAUAUGCUCGUCAUGGAUGGGAUGGCGAAUGAAGUAGGAACUGAGGUUGGGUUGAGGAGUCAAGUUUUUAAAAACAUUAUUGUCCUUUGGAAGGAGGUAGGCUCUCCAUAAUCCUAAAGAUGAAUAGAGUUUGCUGUAAAACUGCAAAAGUUGGUGUAAUGCACAGACUAUGUUCUUGGAAAUCUCUAGGUGCUUUUGAUAAGGCUAAAUAAGAAAAACAUUUUAUGCCUCCUUGGCCAGCAUGCCUAGUAGACUACUGUUAGAUAUCAGUUCACUUGGGCAGAAGUUAAUGAGGUAAAAACUGCUGAAGUAAAGAAAUGGUAAGAUUUUUACAUAACCCUGUUACUUGUGUUGCAUAGAGAAUAGCUAGCUAAAUAAGAAAUUUCACACCUUAAGAAUGUAAAUGUUUUCUGCUUUCACCAAUAGGCUAAUGUGUCAGAAUAAUUUUCGGGCUGUUGAAAAUAAAGUCCAUUUCAUCUUAGGAAUGAAAAGACCUAAGUUGUUCUAUUCACUAAAAUAUCAUUGCACAAUAUAUCUGAGGGAGAGAUGAAUGACAUUGCAUAUAUUAAGAACAAACUUGAGAUUGAGGCAACCCUAACAAUUAACUACUUGAAAUUGAAACUUAAGUUGUAUAUAGCAAUAAAACUUUGCAGUCUG